AUGCGAAUACAUGGCCUUUACAUCCAACUUCUCAUAAUAACUCUCACAUUCUGCUCAAUUUUGAGUAUUGAAAUCAGUAAAAGGGCAAAAUGUUCGGUCGAGUGUUACAUCAAAUGUGUCACUGCUGGGACUCCAAAAGCAGUUUAUUGUAAUUGUCCGUUAUCGCUGGAAGCACAACCUUGUGAUGCUGUUACUGAGGACAUGCUUAAAAGUAAGAAGAGGGCGAACGUAUUUUAGAUUUUUUUAAUUUUAGAAGUUGUUUUUAAGCCUAAAUUUCAUUUUAAUUUAAAACUAAUUGUUUAAGUCUAAAUUUAUUUUUAAGCCUAUAAUCUAGUUUCAAGUUUGAAUUAUCAUUUUUUUAAGAUUAAGCUUAAAUUUUAAGCCUAAAUUUCAUGUUUAAGCCCAACAUUUCAUUUUGACGCCUAAAAUUUCAGUUUUGAGCUUAAAAUUUCAUUUUUAAGCCUAAAAUUUGUGUUUAAGCCUAAAAUUUUAUUUUAAUGUCUAAAUUUUCAUUUUUAAGCCUAGCAUUCAUGUUUAAGCCUAAAAUUUUAUUUUUAAGCCUAGCAUUCAUGUUUUAGCCUAAAAUUUUAUUUUUAAGCUUAAAAUUUCAGUUUUAUGCUUAAAAUUUCGUUUUUAAGCCUAGCAUUCAUGUUUAAGCCUAAAAUUUUAUUUUUAAGCCUAAAAUUUCAGUUUUAUGCUUAAAAUUUCAUUUUUAAGCUUAAAAUCAAAAGUUAAUUUCAAAAAUCAUUUUAGAGUACACAAUAAACACAGUGCCACAAGUAGAGACCUCAUACAAAGAUGUUCGUACUAUAAACAUCAAAAUGGAGCCUUAUAAUGGAGCUUUCAUCUAUAUUUUUGAGUACUCGACUAUUAGUGGCGAUGCUGAUCACUGGAGCUUUGCUGUGAGUUUUGUUACCUAAAUUUAACUUUUUUAAUUUAUAUUGUCAUUGGCAAUUUUUAAAGGCCAGUGCAUUUACUUUCCUCGUAUUUUACACUAAAGAUUAUAUUAUUCCUAAUACUAUAUAGUAAACUAUCAAAAACGUGUUAUUAUGUAGCACGGUAUAAAGUAAACAGGUACUAUAUAUAACAGUACAAAAAUGAAGAUACUAUAUAGUACGAUAUAAAAAAAAGUACUAUAGAGUAUAAAAACUAAAUUUUCAGGGCGCAAGCUCAUCUCCAAGUAUUCAAUUCAACAUCCCAGAUGCUUGUCGUGACUAUCAGUUCAGAACAAUGAUUGUGUUGAGGUCGACUGAUCCUAGCCUUCAAUUUGUCACGUUUCGACCAAGAGCCAUUCCAGUCGUAUUGCCCAAGUUUGAAGUUCCACCGGAGUCUGUAAGUCAAUUUCGGCGUUAUUUUAAAAAUUUUUUAAAAAUAAGCUUAAAUUAAUUUUUAAGUCUAAAAUUGAUUUUUUAAGUCUAAAAUUGAUUUUAAGCCUAAAAUUGAUUUUUUAAGUCUAAAAUUCAGUGUAAAGUCUAAAAAUUCAUUUUUGAGCCUAACAUAUAAUUUUUAAGCCCGAAUUUCAUUUUUAAGCCUAAAAUUUAUUUUUUAAGACUAAAAUUCAUUUUUUAAGCCCAGAGUUCAUUUUUAAGCCCAAAAUUUAUUUUUAAGCCUAGAGCUUAUUUUUAAGCAUGAAAAUCUAUAUCAAAAAAUAUUUUUUCAGAUCCACUUAGACCCACCCCGCCAAUCUCAAGACAAUCAGAGUAUUCACGCCUUUGUCACUUGGCAGAACCCUCUUGGUUACGAUGAUGCUGAUGUAUACGGUUAUGAACAGCCAGUAGCCUAUCCUAUAAGCUGUCAAACCCCAGAAGACCGACUAACUCAACCGCGAGUUGAGCUGGUUGAAGGUGGGGCUAGGAUGCACUUAAACCUGCCUAUUAAUGUCUUGAGUGACAAAUGUCGUAUUUUUGUCGAAGUAAAAAUGUUACCGAGAUGUGUUAGAAUCGACAGUCAUGACAUACAAGCAAGCAUUGAGAUUACUUGUGAACAAUUUCCUAAUUUACGGUAUUGUCAGAAAGGUAAGCCUAGUUUUAGUUCUAGUCUAAAGUCUUAGUCCAGAGCCCUAGCCCAGAGCUCUAGCCUUAGCCUGCCAUGUCAUCUUGCAAAAUCAUCUAUUUUCAGAACAAACACCUCAAUGUAUCAGUCUGAUUGACGUUUGGGGAAAGGACGGAAAAGCAAUGGUUGUCUGGCAGAAACCUGAAGCUACACCAUCGUACUAUAUUUUGAAGUAUGGUACCGCUGAACAGAGAGUAAGUCUUGUCAUGUCAUACUUUUACGGUCCUUAGCUCAGAUAUAACUAUAGACUUAGCCUGAGUCUAAGCUUCUUGAACCUGAGCUUGAAAUUGAGCCCGAGGCUGAGGUUGAGGUUGAGCUCAGCGGGCUUGAGCUUGAGGUUGAGUUUGAGGUCAAACCUAAGUCUGUGAUGGAACCUGAGCCUGUGGCUGAGCCAGAGUAUGAGACCAAACCUGAGCUUGAGCAUGUAAAUGAGCUUGAGUUUGAGCUUGAGCUUCAGCUUGCGCGUGAGCUCGAAUUGAGCGUGAAUUUGAGCCUUAGUGUCAGCCUUAGUCUUAUUUUUAGCUUAAGUUUGAGUCUGAGUCUGCGCCUGAGCCUGAGCCUGAGCCUGAGGUUAAGCCUGAGCCUGAGCCUGAGCCUGAACCUGAGCCUGAGCUUGAGUCUGAGAUUGAGUCUGAGCCUUAGUUUUGGUCUUGACCUUAGCCUUAGUCUUAGCACUAGAGCCUGAGUCUGAGCCUGAGUUUGAGCUUGAGCAUGACUUGAACUUUAGUUUAAGCCUGAGCCUAAGCUUAAACCUAAGCCUGAGCUUGAGCCUAAGCUUUAUGUUUGUUCUAGCUCUACUGCAGCAUCUUAUAGAACUUUAUAUUAUACUUGCUAUUACAGGGAGCCCGACCAUUCAUAGCCAGAAAGAUCAUCCAAGGCGAGGAGAUUAAAAUUUCUGGUAAUCAAACUCAUGCUGAGUUGGUGGCGCGUCCUGGACUUGAGUAUGGGAUCCAAAUCUGUGGUAUUUACUCUCAAUCAAGGAAUAAACCACCAUUUGAAGUUGCCCAAGUUGUGCCUUUUAUCUGCGCUGAAUGUCCUUCCGAUGGUAAGGAGAUUAUAUAAUUGUAGUCUUACUACUGUAGAUGUGGCGACAAAGGACAUACUUUGAUUUUAGAUAAAAAUUAAUCUUGUUUAGUAAUACCUUUGAUGUAUCCAACGUAUUUUACAUUUUUAAACUCCAUAUUUCCAGUUACAGUACCCCUUUUUCUAUAUAGUACAAUAUGAUAACAAGUCUUGUUACAGUACCCUCUUUUCAGCCUUGGACUGCAUUGACUGUGCGAAAAUCGAAGAAGCACCGUUAAGGCCAUUCGUACCGGUGGUAGAGUGCAAUGACAGUAAUAACUGCACUAAUGUGAACAAAGAGUUCGUAUCGAGCAAUCAAGCCAGUUUAGGUCUAAGCCCUACUAACAUAAGCUCAAGUUUGGAUAAUCUGGCAGACAAAAGUGGGGAAAACGUAAGCCGACUUUUGUUAGACUAAUUACUUUGGUAGACUUAGUAUACGCUGCCUAAUAUGAUUGUUAAUUUUGGCUAUAUUUAACAACGUUUGUAGACAGCUAAAAAAACUUGGUAUUAGUCAUACGGUUGUAUGUUUAGCAGGUGAAACUAAUUAGGCUUAAAAUGAUUGAGUCAUGGUUUAGUAAUUUUAAGCUCAAGCUGCAAAAACUAUCUUUAAGAAGGUUGACGGUAUCAGUAAAAGUUUAAAGUAAAAAAAAUAAAAAUUAGACAACAAGGUUACUAUAUAAUUAAGCUUAUAUACUGUUUUUCACGGCAAAUAUAUAUAUAAUAUAUACCAGAUCAACGAACAAGGUGUCUAAAUUAAAAUCCAGACAUUGGAUGUGUCUAAAUUUGAAAAAUAAGCUUGGUCAAACCUUGAGGCUUAGCCCGUUUACUAGUUUCUGAGAGUUUGGCUAGCUCAAGUGGAAUUUUUGAUCUAUUUUGACCUUGGCUUAUCAGUAAAACAAGUAAUUGUAUCAUCGCUGUACUGAAUCCGGACUAAAAUCUUGUUCCUAAAUAAUUACAGAAAAGCUAUACGUUCCCUUCUAUUGAUUUUUUUUGGCUAGCCCUAGUCCUUUCCAAACCUUAUUCUAAUCCAAUCGUGGCUUUUUAAGACUAUUUUAACUUUACACUCGGUUUAUUUUAGUCCCGUUCUUAGCCUCAUUUCUAGAUUUGACCGUAGUCUUAUAUUUUGCUCUAGCCUUAGACUUAACCUAGUUUUACUGCUAUCCUAGUCUGAGUUCUCGCCUAAUGUUGCCCUAACAUUUAGCCUCGUUUUAGCCUUAACUUAACCAUAAACCUAGUGUUACCUUAGGUUUAACGUAAUAACCCUACCUUUACCUUAUUCUUAACUUUACCCUAACUCCAGUUCUAGCAUAAAGUUGCUAUUACUUUUAUCCUAGGUUUAGCCUUAUCCUAGCAACAAGUCUAGCGUUAUCCUAGUUAUAAAUUUCUAGCCCUUGUAUUAGUCUCAAUCAUAGUCCUAGUUCUACUCUAUCUUAUGUUCUGGGCCAAGGUUACUUUUACAUUUACUCUAGUUUUAACCUUACCUUAAUAAUAAUAUAAAGUUGCUAUUACUUACCCGUAGCUUUCAUUACUUAUUCUAAAACUCUUACUAACAAAAACUUAUAACUUUAGCUAGAUUCCUCAAUUCAAGCAACAGACCAUCCCCGACAUCAUUCCUCCACCUUCAUUAAACAUCGCGAACCGCAACAACAUCAACAACAUGUGGCAUCAAGUUCCGAAGGUAUCGAAGACAUCACGUUAACAUCGGCUGAAGGUUCGGGUAACGGUGUAAUCGGUCGGGCGUUUGGGGAAAAAGUGCGGGGACGGUUUGUUAACAACGAUGCUACCGCGUUGGAACCACUGAAGACGACCGAACUAACCACGGAGAUUGACGAAAAUUUUGAGCGAGAAGUGCCACAGGGUGUGCGGGUUACGGUGAUGCCGAAGGUUGUGUCGACGGCAAGAAAGACGGUUACGGUACAAAGUACUACUGUGGAGCCGGUUACAGGUGUGUUUUUGGGAGAGAUUGGCACGUUUGGUUUGCACACGGAGUUCACUAUGAGAAAGGUUGAAGGAAUGGGAGUAUAACAAGCACUGCUUACAAGGAGGGUACCCAACCUGUUCCACUCAGAAUCCGCACAAAAUUUUUAUAUGAGUUCUUUGUACCACCAAUAGUACCCAUAAAAAAUUUUAGCUUGCGCUUUUGAGUUUUAAAUUUUAAAUAUUUUAGUUUCCCGCCAAUAUGACAAAUUUGGCAUUGUGUUUCAAGCACUUUUUUCGACUUUCCAGACAAACUACUCUUACAAAUUUAAAAAUAUAGGUUCAUUUAAAGGUUUUCUACUAGUAUAUCAAAGGCAAAUUAUUAAAAGUCAAAAAGCGACAAAGUUAUAAACCUGAAACACAAUGUCAAUUUGGCGGGAAAUUCAAAACGUAAUUUUUCGAUCUUGAUCUUCUCAAGAAUUCCUGGAAAGCGCGAUUUCGUACUUUGCUGAAAAAUCUUAUAUUUUCAUGUUUUUGCUGUAUAAAAAGUUUUAAGUCAAUCAGAGCUGGGCAGGUCGGGCACUGUCCUUGGUAGAAAGGUUGGAUGAAGAGAUACAUCAGGGACUGCUUAUACUAACAUGCAGUGCAGGUCAACUGAUAAGCAUUCCCACAGAUAACUUGAAAAAUGAUGCGAAGGUUCUUCAACGCACCAAACAUGCUCGUUAAUAUUGUCGUGUAGCACUUCAGCACAGUUUGCAACGAUUGUUGUACGCACAGUAGGAGCACUGGCAAAGGUUCACAGAACGCACAGAAGAACCAUUGACAAACUUUUCAUUAGCACAAGUGUUGAAACAGUCCAAAUUGAACUCGAAAACUCUGAAGCUUAUUGUACCCAAAAAUAGCUGUUGUUUAUGAUGUGUUAGUUUAUCUGGGGGGUUAACAAACAUUACAUAAUUGCUUUUUAACAUUAACACAUGGGCAGAUCUGGCUCAAACACGACCUGAUUGUGAGCUUUGGGCAGUAUAAUAGCUAGGCAUAGAAGAUUUGCUUCAAACACUGGCAGCUGUGAGAGUAGAUGUACUUAACACUGUUAAACAAAGAUAGGUUUACGUUUCACUCCGCCAAUCAUUAAGAUAGCUUUACUUCUCGCACUAUCAGCUAUUAGCUGCCGACUUAAAGAAUCCGCCAUAAUGUCUCUGUAAUUUACUCUGAAAAAUGGCGGGUUCUUUAUGUCGGCACAGUUUACUUAGCACUGCUGAACAAAGACAGAUUUACUUCCCACAUUAUCAACCAUUAAGACAGCUUUACUUUUAAACACUAUCACAACAAACACAAUCACAAACACUAUUUUUACCUAUGUAAUCCGGGAUUAGGAACGCUUGAUAAUCAACUGUUCCAAAUCUCAUGUAACAUUUAAAAAUAGAAGAUUACUAAGAUAGGCUUUGACGCAAGGAUAUACGUUAAGCAAUAUCUGUGAGUCAAAGUCCAUCGGAUUUACUGUGGAAUAAAAUGAGAUAUAUGUACUCUGAGGCACUGAUUUGCACGUUUUAAUAUUAUUUUUGGGAUUUAGUGAACUAAUGCCACUAUUUAAAACUUUCAUUUUGGAAGAAGGUUUUGCACAAGAUAUUAUAUUAUAGUAUGUAGCACAAUCUUCAGCUUAGCAUGUUUUUAACACACAAUACCCUGCUUUAAAUACAUUAAAACAACAUAAAACCAGUUUCAGACAACCAAUCGGAGCCCCAACAGCCAGAGUUACGGUUCUCGCCAACGACGACACAAGCCCCGAUAACCUCCACGGAUCCACCGACAACAACCACAGUUACAACCACAACUGUAGUUGAUGAAACAACGACUACUGUGCCAAUUGUUGGCGAGGUGUCGUUUGUUUCUAUCAGUCAGCCAGUAAACCCCUCAACUGACAAACCGGCUAAAGCGGACGGCGUUAAGCUUCAUCAACAGACAUUUAGUCUACACAAGAAACCCGGAAAGGUGAGUUUGGAUUCUAGCUAACCGUGCCGUGCCGUGCCCUACUUUACCCUACCCUACCCUACCCUACCCUACCCUACCCUACCCUACCCUACCCUACCCUACCCUACCCUACCCUGCCUUACCCUACCCUACCCUACCCUACCCUACCCUACCCUACCCUACCCUACCCUGCCUUACCCUACCCUACCCUACCCUACCCUACCCUACCCUACCCUACCCUACCCUACCCUACCCUACCCUACCCUACCCUGCCCUACCCUACCCUACCCUACCCUACCCUACCCUACCCUGCCUUACCCUACCCUACCCUAUCCUACCCUACCCUACCCUACCCUACCCUAGCCUACCUUAUCCUACCGUACCCUAUCUUUUCCUGUCGUAUUCUGCCGCACCCUAAACUACGUCUCGGUUUAGUGUGAAAAAAUGCUGUAUUUCCAGAAGACCUGCAAGCAAAAGUCCGGGAUUGUAUGUGAAUUUGGAUGCCUAGACGACUUGAGAUGUAAUUGUGAGCCAUCUGAUUCAUCUUUACCUUGUAUACGUGGCUUGUUGUGUCCGAAGGUGAACGACCUUCAAGUAGUGUACGAUAAGAAGCUGCGAAGUUUGAAAAUGUUUUCAAAAACUGUAGCUGAGGUCUACAAUAAGGCUGAGGAGUAUGACAAGAUGUACUUGGAGUUUGGCGAAUUGACUUCAAAAAGUAGCCGUGGCUUGAAGAAUGGCUACAUUUUUGUCAAGGGAAAGGCCAAGGAGCAUAGCAUUAUUAAUAUUGAUGUAGGUUUUUCGUAAUGAACUGCAAUAUAUAUGGUUUUAGUGUACCUCUUGUAGCCUUUUACAUUGUUAUACAUUACAUAUGUACCUAUACCAUUACUGCGUUUUUUCCAGCCCUCAACCGGAAUAUUUGACAAAACAGCCCUUAUUCUCAAGAUCGCUGAACCUCUGAACUACCACGACAAAGAGUAUGGACUAGCUGUUUGUGCUCUAAACAGCUCCUUAGUGCCAAUCUUCAACAACAGUCCAUUAGACGAGAAUAGCAUGUUUACAGACACUUCUGUAACAUCGUUUGCUCAGUCAUUACUGGCGCCUGUGGAACUACAAGAGGAAGUGGUGGUGAAAGAAGAGUCACACAGAAGCUUCUUGAUCUUCUUGGGGCCUGCUUUCUUGGUUCUGGGCGUGGUAGGUUGAUUUAUAAUAUGUAUAACAUCUUCAACUUUUAUAUGAUACUUAGUAAACCGAAGGGUAGGGGGGUGGCAAGGGUACAACAAAAAAAAGCGGUUAGUAAGCUAUCUUGAGUUAGAUCGUCAGAGUAGGAAUGUGAUAAACGACGAAGCAGACUAGGCUAUAGUAUGGUAUUUAGAUGGAGGGUUUGGAUUAGGCUGAAGAUUUACAUUGAAAUUUUGGCUAAGGUUUAACCUUAAGCUAAGGCUCAGGCUCAGGCUUAGGCUCAGGCUCAGGCUUAGGCUUAGGCUUAGGCUUAGGCUUAGGCUUAGGCUUAGGCUUAGGCUUAGACUUAGGCUUAGGUUAGGCAUAGGCUUAGGCUUAGGCUUUGGCUUUGGCUUUGGCUUAGGCUUAGGCUUAGGCUAGGCUUAGGCUAGGCUAGGCUAGGCUAGGCUCAGGUUCAGGUUCAGGUUCAGGUUCAGGCUCAAGCUCAGGCUCAGGCUCAGACUCAUUCUUAGGCUUAAACUAUUACUAGGACUAAGGCUAAGGCUUAAUAUAACAUAGAUUUGACGUAAAAACCAUGACGCAUAGCAUACGAAUUUAUACUAAACAUUAUGACGUAGUUGUUCUUGGUCUCAAAGAGGCUCAAAGUCAAUAUUUUUAAUCCAAAAAUGUCAUUUAAAGUGCGAUAAAGCAAUGUUUUAAGCCGUCCUUAAUCUCAUGUGUACUAACUAAUACUGUAGUAAUUAAAUGUUUCAUUAAUUCGAUAUCUGGUACGAUGAUGUGUUCGAAAAAUUAAUUCUGAAGAAUUUGAAAAAUUUGUUGUAAAUUUUAAUUGAAUUUUAAGUUUAUUACAAUGAAAAAUAUUAAUUAAUAAGCUAAUGGGUAAAGAGUGAUGUUAUAGUAGAUAUUAUGAUGUUAUACUAGGUUCAUAUGCUGCAAAUAGGGUAGGAUAGGGUAGGGUAAGGUAUGGUAGGGUAGGGUCGAGUAGAAUAGAUAAAAGUAACUACAUCUCUUGUUUUAGUUGAUCUUCGGAGUAACCAUUGUAUGUAUGGGCAUGAUACGAAGACGAGACUCAGCUGCGGCGAAACUACGCCGCCGUGGCUUACUACGCAGUCAAUCAGGGAUGCAAUUUACUGCGUAUCGACCAACAUUAGGAACAUCACCUUCUAGUUACUACUCCGACAACACGUCUAGGUACUAUAUGACUCGGAAUGUUCAUUUUUGA